AUGUCCGAAACCGUCCGGCGAGCGUCCGCCGGAUUCUCCACUAUUUCAUGGGGUCGGUCUCCGCGUCGGAUCCAGCCGCAGCUUUUUCAUGUACGAGAGCUGAGCGGCCAGUGCGCUGGACACCUCUGCCUGCUAAAGGAAAACAAUUCAAGUGAUUUUUUAUGCCUGUCACACCGAUGA